CAAAAAAGAAAAGGAAAAAAUGUUGCAACUCGUUCCUUUUCUUCCUUCCUCCAAUUCCAAUAUUUAUCUGAGUUGAAGGAAGAAAAAAUGGUGGAUGAUCGUAUUAAUCAUCAUCACCAUCAUGUUACAACGCCUGUGAAUGUCAAUCGAAAUGAAUUGCCAAUGGUGAUUAUCAGCGAUAACAAAGACGACGUUUUCCCCCCAAUUAACCACGAAAAUCUCCAUCUCUUCACAAACCACGAAACCCUAAAAUCACAAUCACAAUCACAAUCAUCCCCUUCCUCUUCUUCAUCUCCAUCCUUUUCCACUUCUGAUUGCGAGACGUGGGGAGAUUAUUCUUCUUUCUCCUCACCGUUCGAUUCCCAGCUCCGUAAAGGUGGCGGCUUUAUCGGGUGGUUGAGUAUCGGCCUCCGGAUUUUGCGCUCUAAACUCAUUUCAACGGUUUACUAUUUUCGGAACCGUUCUUCCCACGGAGGGGCGAUUUGGUCAUUUGGGUUACCCGCUGUGGUAAUCACUGUCAUUGUAUUGUUGAGGUGGAAGAAGAGUAGAACGAAGAACCUCACGCCCAAUGAAAUUCAUCUUAUGAAAAUCAUAAUGGAGAAAGAUGGGAAAAUUGCCCAACUUUUGCACCAGAUUGCACAAAUGAAUGAAAUGCUAGUAGAUCGUCACAAAGCUUUGACUGCAAAAGUGGCUAAAUGAUUGGCUAAGGUGUUAUUUAGGAUGUAAAAUGACAAAAAACUAAUUGUGAUUCUCAGCGCGUAUUCCCUGCUACAGCAGAGUUGUCAAACAUGAACUGAAAAGCGUCUUCAUCUCAAGCAUAAUCAAAGAAAAUGGCUGACGAAUUAAUUGCCAACUUGAGGUUUUUAUCAUUAAUAUGCCUAGACUAACAGUUCUCAUGAUUUGUGGAUGAUCAGUUCAGUAGGGAACCAUGGAAUUUAGGCAGGGAAACUAGAAAAACACACUCUAACUAUACUGAUGGUUAGUUAACUAGGUUAUUCUUGUUCUGAUAUUUAUAGCACAUGUUGCAUUCGUACUAGAUCUUGAUAUUGAUGUCCAAAUUAAUGACUCCAACAUUUUGGUUUAGCUUUAGGAAAUUCCUAAACUUGGUUUUUUUGGACAAAAGUCUAAUUCUUAGUUGCAUUUGUUAAUGAAAAAAGCAUGUAAUUUUAGGUUUGAUGUGAGAUUCGUGUGAAUGAAAAAAAAAAAUACGAAGAAAAGUUACUGUCUAUGGUAUCUUACCUUAUCAUGACAUUAUCUACA